UGAUUUUUAAUUGGUAAAAAACUCAAACCAGAUGGUAUCCUUCAAAUAUUGAUAAUAGGGAUACAUACAUAUUUAAGGUUGAUAGUGUGACAAAAAUAAUUGUACUUAUCUUGGAAAUAAUUUUAGUUGAAAUCACUGAAAUUUUAUUGGUUUGAAUUGAUUGAAAUUAUGUUUUUUUUUAAUCAAUAAAUAUUUCCAGAUAGAAAUAUGAGUGCUGGGCAAGAAGAAGCAGAACAACAUGAAAACACAGAGAACACAGCUCGCCCUCCAUGGCCACCCACUCCUGCUAGUAAUACCAAUAGUAGUACUACUCUAACAGAACAAACUUCUCUUACACCAAAUGAAGAGUAUUUUGAUACAUAUUUUGCUGAUGAGAAAAUCCAGAUUCCUGAAUCUGAAAAUAAACUGUUCAGCUUUCGAAAAUUAUGGGCCUUUACUGGCCCUGGUUUUCUGAUGAGCAUUGCCUACUUAGAUCCUGGGAACAUUGAGUCGGAUCUACAGUCUGGUGCUGCUGCAAAUUACAAGCUAUUAUGGGUGCUAAUGUGGGCAACAGUCCUUGGUUUGGUGAUGCAACGCCUCUCUGCUCGUUUAGGGACGGUAACAGGUUUACAUUUAGCCGAGGUAUGUUACCGACAAUAUCCAAAAGUCCCACGUAUUCUCCUCUGGAUUAUGAUUGAGAUCGCAAUCAUUGGUUCUGAUAUGCAAGAAGUUAUUGGAACAUCAAUUGCUCUCUACCUGUUAUCAAAUAAAGCAAUUCCAUUGUGGGGUGGUGUCCUGAUAACGAUUGCUGACACUUUUACAUUCUUGGCUCUGGAUCGCUAUGGCUUACGCAAGCUGGAGGCAUUCUUUGGCUUUCUCAUAUCAAUUAUGGCUAUAACAUUUGGUUAUGAAUAUGGCGUAACAAAACCUGACCAAUUGGAAGUAAUAAAAGGAUUGUUUAUUCCUGGAUGCUCUGGCUGUGACAGCAGAGCAUUGCUGCAAGCUGUUGGCAUUGUUGGUGCUGUCAUCAUGCCUCAUAAUCUCUACUUACAUUCAGCCCUUGUGAAGUCACGUGAAGUAGACCGUAAAAAGAAAGAGGAAGUAUAUGAAGCAAACAAAUACUUCUUUGUUGAGGCUUGUAUAGCUCUCUUCUGUUCAUUCAUCAUUAAUGUAUUUGUUGUGUCAGUAUUUGCCAAGGGUCUCUAUGGUGUUACAAAUCAAGAAGUGUACAACAAGUGUUUAGCUGUAAACAAUACCCAUGGAAAUAUAUUCCCAGUAAGUAAAUAUUGGUACUUGUAUAUCAUAGAUUGUAUUAUACUCAACCCCCUGCUAUCAUGUUAAACUGCAAAAAUGAACUCU